CAACCCCUUCCCUCCCCUACCCUACCCUCCCUUAAAUUCAUAGUGCUCUCCACUCUCUCAUUUUCAUACUUCAUUCCGUCCUCAAGACUUAAAAUAAGGAAAUCUUGAACAGGCACAUUGGCAGUGGCACGGAAGAGAAUAAUUGCGAAUUCUAAUAACCAUUUUCUUCUUCCACUGUUUUUCUACCUCCAAAUUCAGUAAUCCUCCCUGCUCAAAACAAGAUUUAGUUCAAUAAACAAACACUAAUUAAUUCAUCUUACACAAUACUAGGAAACCGGGACAUUUUGGAAAAUGGGUGUUUGGGGCCACGUACUGGCAGCGGCCCUGCUAACGUUCUGCGCCGCCCUGCCGUUCUCCGCAGCGGAUCCGAACGACGAGAGGUGUCUGGCUCAUCUGAGCGACUCUUUACAAGACCCACUCAAGAAUUUGCAGAACUGGACUAAGGUCACCUUCACUAACCCUUGCCAGGGAUUCACCUCCUACCUGCAGGGUGCUACCUGCAACAAUGGCCGCAUCUACAAGUUAUCACUCUCCAAUAUGGCCCUUAAGGGCACAAUCUCGCCUUAUCUGUCGAAUUGCACAAAUUUGCAGGCUCUGGACCUCUCGUCCAACGCAUUGACCGGUCCUAUUCCGCCAGAGCUUCAGUAUUUGGUCAAUUUGGCGGUUCUAAAUCUCUCAUCAAACCAUCUAUCUGGCCCAAUCCCCCAGCAAUUGGCGCUCUGUGCGUAUCUCAAUGUAAUCGAUUUACACGAUAACCAGCUGUCGGGCACCAUUCCCCAGCAGCUCGGCCUACUUGUGCGACUUUCAGUUUUCGACGUUUCCAAUAAUAAACUUUCAGGGCCUAUUCCGACAACGCUGGGGAACCGGAGCGGGAACUUGCCGCGGUUCAAUACAAGUUCCUAUGAAGGGAAUAAGGAUCUUUAUGGAUACCCAUUGCCGCCGAUGAAGAGUAAAGGGCUAUCGAUUCUGGCCAUUGUGGGGAUCGGAUUGGGUAGUGGGUUCUUGAGCUUGGUCCUCAGUUUCACUGCUGUUUGUGUAUGGUUGAGAGUUACUGAGCAGAAAGUGGAGAAUGAAGAAGGGAAAAUCAGUCAACUCAUGCCUGAUUAUUGAGAUUGCUGCAGUUACAAUCAAAUUAGAGAUAAAUUUUACAGGUAUGUAUGAAGGAAGUAUGGGUAUUUUUCCCCUUUCUUUUUCUGGUAAUUUUUUUCUUGAAAAAAUUGCUGCCUUCCAAGCAUCUUCUCCAAUUCUUUUUCCUUUUUGUUUAUGAUUUUUUCUUUCUUGUAUUCCUAUUUAGCAUUUUUCUUCAGAAUUAGUAAUGUGUAAAGAACAAUUAUGAGUUUCUAUUAAUAUACUGCUCAGCAUAUAUCAAAAUUCCAUAUCAAAAGGUACUUGAGCAGAAAUUGACAUGCAUUAAUGGACAAGCAUUAGCAUAUUUAUGGUGGCAUUAUGCAUUCGUGAGCUUAUGGAAGAUGACUAUACAGCACGAUAACAUUAUAAUAUAAGAUUUUGAGGCUCAUAUAAUUAUGGAAAUAUUCAAUGAACAGUUCUGUUUAUGGAUAAGCACUGCAUAUUUUUUAGUAGUAGACGGCUACAUUUAGAGAGUCCAAGUUUAUUAGGAUUUUUGAAGAAGGAAGUUGGUGGAAAAAGGUGGAAAACUCCCAUUUCAUCCGUUGGGAUUCUUCAGU